CGGAGGAAGAGGACAGGUCUCAGUCCAGAGUUACAACAACCCCCCCGGGACAUGAACGUGGCGUUAGGUACCAUGCAGGAGGCGGAGCCAGCAGGAUCAGCACACAGGUUCUCCUGUCGGGGUCUCGCCGCUCUGUACCGGGUCCAGACCCGCCGCCAUCUGAGGACGAUGGACCCCGUGAUCCCGCCGGACCCCAGCUCCAGAACCAGGACCUGGACCAGGAUGGACCCCGGACCAUCAGCGUGCAGGCGAACACUCGGCGUCAUGCUGCUGGUGACUGGCACGCUGGUUUCCAUGGUGACCUCAGGUUCACCUGCUGCAGGUGUUUUGGAGCCUUCGUCACCUCCUUCAUCAUCAUCAUCCAUCUCCUCGUCUCCCAGACCCCCGCCCUCAGACUCUGGUUACCAUGGUGACAAUGGUGGUGCAGGCUUGGCGGAGGACUUGGACUCUGGUGCUCAGGGGAUCCACCUCCUCCUAAGACCACCGGACCUCCUGUCCCCCAGUCUACCCCCACCCCUCCCCCCGCACACCCAGCCCACCCUCACCCCUCCUCCCCCCUGGGAGCAGGGCCCCUCUCUGGAGGAGGCAUGGGGGUCUGGAGACUACUUGGAGACUCUGUCCUUCAUGGUGCCUGAUGGUGAAGAGCUGGCGCUGGCCACGUCGCUGCCCGGACACCCCUACGAUGAAGACGCCGACGGGGACUGGGUCUCCUAUGACACCGCCUUCCCCGCCCGUCCCACCCUGUCCCUGUCCACCCACCGCCCCCUCGCUCCCUCCUCCUCCACCCCCGGCAUCCCGCUCCACACUCGUCCCACCCGUCCAAACGUCUUCCCCACCUGGGACGAGGACUACGACCUGGAGGACCUGACGCCUCUGGAGCCGACGGAGCUGCUGCUGCCGGACAUGAACAGUCUGGAAUAUUACACUAACCUGCUGGCCCGAGAGAGGGAGAGGGAGAGAGAGCGGGAGAGGGAGAGGGAGAGGGAGAGAGAGCGGGAGAGGGAGAGGGAGAGGGAGAGGGAGAGGGAGAGGGAGAGAGAGAGGGAGAGAGAGAGGGACCAGGACCAGGACCAAGACCAGGCGAACCAUACCAACUCCAAACCUCCCAUCUCUCCUACAACAACACAAACUCACCUUUCACCUCUGUCCCUGAGCUCCGCUUCUCCUCCAGGGCAGCAGCCCGGACGUCCUGUGGGGGGACCAGGGGGGCCCACCCCGCCCCUCACCCUCUCACCGACCCUCAAAGCUGAGAAGAACCCACGUCCUCCAACGACCACCCUCAAAACCCCCUCCAGCCCUUUUCCUCCUGCUCCAAAACCCAAAGAGCACAUCCCAGUGCCGGGUAGGUCACCCCCCCGCCCCCCCUCCAACACCACCGGCCGGGUGCCUCCCCCUCCCCCGCUGGGACCACCCACCCGCCCCGACAGACCCGAGAGGCCUCUGGUGGUCACAGAGAAGCCGGCAAAGGAUCCACCCACCAGGACCACGACCAUCACCCAGCUCACCGCCAUCAGCCUGACCAGAGCCCCCCCUGUCACUACCACCCGCGUGGCCCCCCAGGCUCCUCCAACCAGACAGUACCUGUGUAACGUCACCAGGCCCGAGAUGUUCCUGGUCCGAGUAGUGAGCUCCAGAGGCUCGACAGCCGGGUUCAGUCUGCUCAGAGAUCUACUGAGGAGAGAAUUCAACCGCUCGGUGGAGCUGCAGUUCCUCAGAACUCCGUCCAGCUUUGCCUUUCGUGUCGUGUCAGGACCGUUGAUCUUCACCGCUGUGGCCGUCCUCAACGCCCUGCGCCAACCAGCGCGCUCUUUCGGCCCGGUUCCCACCGUGACGCCGCUCUACACCGUACCUGAGCUCAGGUACCAGGUCCACUCGGUGCUGCAGUUUGUCCCCGCCCACGUCGACGUCCGAGUCUGUAACUUCAGCGAACGGGUGGAGAGAGGCCUGACGAUGGCGUUCGCUGAGUCACGAAGACGGUCACAUGAGGCGGGAAACAUCACCCUACAGCUGUUGAACGUCACCAUGGGCGUGUCCCGGCGGACGGCCGAGCAGAAGGUUCCCGUCGACAUCACUUUUGCGGUGCGUGAUUGGCGAGGUUUCAUCCUGGGGUCAGAGGUCAGCGAACACCUGAGGAAGCUCAGCCUGGUGGAGUUCAGCUUCUACGUUGGAUUUCCUGCUCUGCAGAUCGCAGAACCCGUCCAAUACCCCGAGCUGAACACGUCCCACCAGCUGCGCUUCACCUGGGUCCGGACAGUCCUGCUCGGCGUCCAGGAGCAGCUGGUGGCUGAGAAGAGUUUUAAAGCUCGUCUGGAGAGACGUCUGUCUCUGCUGCUGGAGGAGGGACAGCAGGAGUCCGGCAGGAGGCGCUGGAGGAGAGCGACGGCUGUGGGCAACAACAGUCUGCAGGUGGUGCGGGUGGCCAGGCUCUCGGGGGCGCAGCUCCCCCUGGAGGUGUUGUAUUUUGUGGAAGGUCCUCGCGGGGAGCGGAUCGCAGCGGAGACGACCGCCGCCACCUUGAAUCGCCUGGACCUUCAGAGAGCCGCCAUCGUCCUCGGACACCGAGUCCAGAGACCCCUCGCUCAACCUGUGGAGACUCUGUCUGUCCCUCCGGCGGAGACUCAGAGUAGCAGCAUCUGGCUCAUCGUGGGCGUGGUCGUCCCCGUCCUGCUGGCCAUCUUCAUCAUCAUCAUCCUCUACUGGAAACUGUGCGGCUCAGAGAAACUUGAGUUCCAGCCGGACGCCAUCAACACCAUCCAGCAAAGGCAGAAGCUUCAGGCUCCGAGCGUCAAAGGCUUCGACUUUGCCAAGCUCCACCUCGGUCAGCACAGUAAAGACGACAUCAUGGUGAUCCAGGAGCCCGGGCCGCUGCCCGCCUCUGUCAAAGAGGCCACGCCCUCUGAUGGCGGAGACCUCAACACCCCCAAAUCAAAAGGGUCGUCCACCAAGGUGGGACGGUCAAGCCGCCGCAGGGGAAGGCUCAGCCCGUCGGACGGCGACUCCUUAGGCAGCGACCAAUCCAGCGGCAGAGAGUCAGCAGAGGAGAGCACCCGACCCGUGGCCAUGCCCAAUGAGGGAAAAAUGCACAGGAAGACGCCCAAAAAUGGACGGAGCAAGAUCGGUCCAACAGGCAGCGGUCCAGACGAGCUUCUGUCUUCAUCCUCCAUCUUUGACCACGUGGACCGACUGUCUCGAGGCUCGUCUGAUGGCACUCGUCGUCAGGCCAACAAGGUGCAGCUGAUCGCCAUGCAGCCACGACCGGGCCCGCCGUCGCUACACGCCCCGUCACAGCCGAGCCCCACGCUCACAGAGAAGGUCAACACUGAGGUGGCGCUGAGACAUAAGUCAGAGAUUGAGCACCAUAGAAACAAACUGCGGCAGCGAGCUAAGAGGCGGGGUCAGUGUGAGUUUCCCUCCAUGGACGACAUUAUGGAUGCCUUCGGAGAUGGGCCGGUGCAGAGUGAGGUCGCACAGCGACUCUACAGCUCCGCCCAUGACCACAUGGACUGUAUUCUGCAGGCCGACGGCCCCUCACCCCUCAAGGACUCCAGGAAAAGGGGGAGGCGCUCACCACGGAGUCGCCAUGCUCAACCUGGACCUGGAAGUCUUCCUGAUACCGACAGAGACCGACUGCUCACCGAUCAGAGCGCCACCUACAGGAAAUACCCAGGACUCAACAACGUGGCCUAUAUGUCAGACCCUGACCUACCUCCAGACCAUGGCAGUCCGUCCCCCACUGACGAGGUGUUCGACCCGGCCCCGCCCCCUUACAUGCCCCCCCAGCCAUCCAUUGAGGAGGCCCGGCAACAGAUGCACUCCCUUCUGGAUGACGCCUUCGCUCUGGUGUCACCGUCCUCACAAGGCAGCGCCGGGGUGAGCGGGGUAAGCCCUGCCCUGCCCAGCCCCUCCCCUCAAGCCCGCCCCCCGGGCAGACAAUGGGGCUCUUACCCAGCUGCCCCCUCCCACAGCCCUUUCUCUGCAAGAUACGCAGAGCUGGGAAUGUCUCCGUCAUCAGUCCAGGGCCUCCUGCAGAGGCAGGGCCUGAGCUCAGGAGGUUAUGUUUCUACUGGAGAUCAUCUGCAGGAGUCAGUUUACUCCAACAGAGGACAGUAUGAGGACCCGCCCUCCUCCUCCAGACCACGACCUGUGGGGGGCAGCACAGGUGCACAGCUCCACCAUCUGACGCAGGUGGGUUUGUCCAGUCAGAUCGGUGCUUACCCUGGGGUCGGUCGCAGCAUGUCUGGCCCAACCGGCUCAAGCUGGAACCAGCAGCACUCAGACAAAGACCUAUCGAGACCAGGAGACAGCAGAGAGAGUGUGCUGUCAUUCCCUGAGUUCUCCUCUUCCUCUGUUUUCCAGAUGCCAAGCUCCUCAUUACGGGACCCAUCGGCGCCACCUCUCGUCCUGACCUCACCGACUCCAGAAUACCCACCAGAGGACGCCUCGCCCUCCGCCCACACCUCUGCCUCGCUUAUCAAGGCUAUCAGAGAGGAGCUGCGUCGUUUGGCCCAGAAACAGGCAGUGACCAGCUACCAAUAGACUGUUCUGGACUGGUUUGGAUCAGGUCUCCGCUGAUCUCAACCGUUAUUGUUUUAACCACUCAGAGUGUGUAAGGACUGGAUUUAAAUCUAAAACUAAGGAUCCUUACUCUGGACUCUCUUGAGCAGAUCUGUUUCUGUCGCUAAACCCAAAAUAACUCUGGACCACGAUCCACAUCUCCUGACCGAAAGACCUCCGGUACUUUACAGGGUUCCAUCUGCCCAUCUCUCUGUCCGUCAUUCUUCAGCUCAGUGUUUCAUCGGAUGGGAUUUUGACUCUUUGCGUUUCCACUGAAGUGCUUCCUGGACUGGAUUGUCCCCCCUAGAGUCCAACAUUGGAUCAUACCUUCUCUAUCGUUGGAGGGGGUGGUUCCUCUUGACGUUCUGGAGCAGAUUGUACUUCCUAGAGUUCUGGAAUGGAUUGUCCAUCUUGACCACUUUGAACUUGCAAUGUCCUAAACUAGAUUUGGUCUCUUGUAAUCUUCUGGAGUGUUUGGCCCCCGCUGAUCUCUUUGGAGUGGAUUGUUCUCUCUGGAGUUCUAGAGUGGUAAUCCUGGAGUUGAUGGUCCAUCCUAACCUUCUAGUGCGUGAAAUUCUUUUUGAACUUUUGGAACGGAUUGUCCCUCCAAGAGAUCUGGUUUGGACAGUCCCUCCCGACCCUCUGGAGUCGAUCAUCCCUCCUGGAGUUCUGAAGUGGAUUGUUCCUCUGGACCUUCUGUGGUGCUAACCAUCAGCCUCAUACCAUCUCCUCAUUAACCACUUAUUGCCUUCCACACUUCCAUCAGCCACGGGAAUCAGGUCUCUUCUCAUAAACCAUAUCGAUGAGGUCUUUGCACUGUAGACAGCAGGAGGUGGAGAAAAGUUCCUCCAGCAAAGGGACGCAAAACAGGAAAAAUUUAUGAAUAUAUAUAAGAAUUGAUAUAAAUAUAUGUAAAGAGAUAGUAUCCCAAUGAGCACAAUAUUAAUGUCAGCGUUAUAUUAUUGGAGUAUUGAGAUGUUACUUAUUUUUAAUGCUUAUAUAUGAAAGUAUAAUUAAAUCUUAUUUUGAUGAGAGAAGACCAAACUACUGUUCUAUGGCUGUAGUCCUCUUGUGUUUGAGCUUGCUGUAGAUUUUGUUUCUCUGUGGAGAUGUUGCUUGGCGUAGCUGCUUGCUCGCGUGUUCAUGUAUCGUGGCAAUGAAAAAAAAAUUGCGCUAAUGCAUUGUUUUAAUAAGGAGUUUUUACGUCGCUGAUCAGUUUGUGGGCAGAAGGCGACAGGUUGAUGUAGACAAGCAGAGACGGGAACACACUCAGAUAUAAGAUGACUUUCAUCUAAGAUUCAUGAAUUAUAAAAACCUUCAAUCUCACAAUGUUAAAGAAAGAGUUCAAACAUUCCUGGCUCCGCCCCUUUGUCCAGAUCCAGAUUCUUUCUUGCUCCAUGUUCCGUCCUUCCACCAAGUUUACUGGAAAACUUUUCAGGUGCUUUUCAUCCUGCUGACGAACACACAUCAACUCCUUGGCGUAGGGAACCAUGGGUCAAGUCUACAGUCCACUUGAAGACAGACCUUGUUUCUCAUGAAUCUUAUCAUUAGUUUCGUGUGUGGUGAAGUCCAGACUCUGGACGACAGGUUCCCGUCUCUGAUGUGUCCUGUUUAGUGUUGUGAAGAAGUUGUCGUUCUUUAAAUCUGGUUCCAGGGAAACGAAGGAGUUUGUUUGUCUUCGCUCUUCUUCGGCAUGUUCCACUCAGUUUGAGACUUCAGCGACUCGUGAUGUUCCAGUUAAUGUUCCGCAUGCUGCGAAAAGAUGUUCAACACAAUGUUUAUAGAAGUGAAGAGUUGUUCCACAUCCAGUUCAGAGUGAGCGAAGAGUGAUUCAAGUCCCAGUGCCAUAAAACCAUCACUCAUCUUAACAAAAAAUCCAUCAUUUUUGACAUUUUCACAAGAUAUUUUUGAAUCUAAAUGAAGAUGUUAUAACAAACAUUUGAUGUUGAAUAGAAAACAACAUUUAGAAAAUAUCUAAAUUGUGAUUGUUCUGCUGAACGGACUCGACCACCUGGACACGUUCUGAUUCAACCCAGCUCCUGUCAGUCAAGCUGCAGGACUUGGCCACGCCCACUGGAUCACAUGGUGCUAACUGAACGACUCGAAGUGAAACUCGCACACAACAUGGAGAUGGAGAUCAAACCUGACGCUUCAUGAACCGAGUGUUUCAGUGAUUUGUAGAAUUCAGCAGCCGGAGGUUUGAUUCAUGACGAAACGUCCAGAUCCUCCUGAGAUGUUCGUAUUGUUCACAUCAGAUACUGACGUGUGAACCUGUGUCAACGGAUUACUAACUUCUGAACAAGACACUAACGUUUGGGACGAGAUACGAUACAUGAAUGAAAUAUUGACUUGUGUUAACCAGAUAUAUAUUUUAAAUCUCUGCAAAGAUUGAAAAGCAGAGCCUGUAGAUCAGAAGCUGCAGGUCUGAUGCACAGACUGUAGAUAAAGAUGGACGACAUGACAGAUCGCCCCCUGGUGUCUGCUGCAGUACAGGUCGUAAGCCCCGCCCCCUAUGUGUCAUAUGAGGUCAUUCUUAUCACUGAUGUUUGUUCAUGUUUCUGAUCACUUUGCUUCUCAUUAGUUAUUUGAUGAUAAAAACGGGCUGAGACGUGAUACUGACAGGAUUGGUCCAGAAAAGGGGGCGGGGCCUCAGUCAACGCUGCACAGACCCUGACUCCACAUGACGUCACCAGCACAAGAUGGCGGCUCCAGAAUCUGAGAUAUUUUAGCUUCAUGUUUGUUCAACGAGAAGAAGAAGAUACGUCGUCUUUAUUCACAGUCUGUGUUCUGAACCUGAGGUUCUUCAUUUCAGUUCUUCACUUUGGUUCUUCACUUUGGUUCUUCACUUUGGUUCUUCACUUUGGUUCUUCACUUCGGUUCUUCUUGUGUCAGUUCUGUAGUUUUGUCCUGAAUGAACUUCUGUCAAACACAUUCCUGUUGCUCCUCCGGACUCCGUCCCGACUGGCAGCUUCACUGAGUUCACCUGAGUCCAGGUGAGUUCACAUCAGACCUGGUCCAGGUGUGAACCUGCAGAAGACCUGUUGUACUCAUUGAAAACCAGCAGACUCACAGCUGAUCUGUGUCACAUGACCGGACAUUAAAGAGACUUGUUCAGA